AUGUUGCUGUUGUUUGUUGAUGUUGCUGUUGUUUGUUGUUGUUGUUUGCUGCUGCUGUUGUUGUUGUUUGCUGCUGUUGUUGUUUGCUGUUGUUGGUUGUUGCUGUUGGUUGUUGCUGUUGUUGUUGUUGUUGUUGUUGUUGUUGUUGCUGUUGCUGUUGCUGUUGUUGUUGUUGUUUGCUGUUGUUGUUUGCUGUUGUUGUUUGAUGUUGUUGUUUGCUGUUGUUGUUUGCUGUUGUUGUUUGCUGUUGCUGUUGCUGUUGCUGUUACUUGCUGUUGUUUGUUGUUGUUUGUUGUUGUUUGCUGUUGUUUGCUGUUGUUGUUGUUGUUAAGUUGUGUAUCACACCUGAUCACACAUAAAGGAGUAAAUUUUAAGAAAUUCUGUAAUACAUUAGACAACGGAUCAAACGUACAAGACCUUGACGGAACGGAUGAUAACGGAUCCUCGUGUCCUGAAGAGAAACCUUCAGAGGUAAUUCUAGAUUUCAUCUAAACGGCCAUGUCACACGAGGCUAGCUUUCGUGCAGCUUGCAAUGCAUUUUUUUCUGAAAAAAAUAUAUAUUUCUGCAGGUUGCAGGUAAUCGCCUCGUGUGACGCGGCCUUAAGAUCAGACAUGUGUUUUGAAAAUAUAAUAUACGUCGCUUCUGACCUCCUUUUGCAGGUCAAAGAAGAGAAUGGUUUAUUAAUUACUACUGGGUUGAAAAGACGGAGGGAAUCGACAACGGAUGUAAGUGCAGAAAUACAUUCGUGGAAUAAACUGGGGAAUGGUUCUGCAGAUUUUUAUUGUGAUUGCAAUAUUUCUAGGAAUCCGCUGGCGAAGAAGCUAUCAAAAAAAAGAGGUCGUUAAAAUCCACAGAGCAGGUCGUAUUUAAUAAAUGCAAUACAUUAUUAAAUUUUAUGUAGUAGUCGAAUUCAUAGCUGAAUGAAUGAAAUUUCGCAUUUUCUACACGCCCAAAGUUUAUCAUCAUAAAACCAUCAAUUGUGUCGUGGAAUGGAGAAAUAAGCGCUCUGCAGGAUUCACCUGUCAUUAUGGCUAAGUUAUAAAAAUAAAAUAAGUAUAAUUAAAGAGUUAAUUUUGUUGUGUAGGUGGACGUAGAGUUGUCAGAUGGCGUGGAAAUGGAGAAACAAAACAUGGAUGUCAAGAAGGGUCCUAUUAAAUUGACGCUGAAAUAG